AUGUUGGCCAACUUGGAUCGGAACGUUGGCAUUGCCGCCGAGCUACUGAAUUUGUACGGCCUGGUGAUUCAGCUUUUAGUGAGAGGAGAGACUACUUUGGUGUACUACAAUCCGUCAGGACUGAACUGCAAUUGGAAUGUCCUGUGGCACCGGAACCUGACAACCCAUCCGCAGAUCGUUUGGCAGCGCAGCUAUGCCUAUCCGGAUCUAUAUGAUCAGUUUAAUGGUGAACUUAUGGUUCUGGCCUGUUUGUCAGCGGGAUCCAGUGGUACUGGGCAACUGAAGAACCUGGCCACUAGCUUAAACCAUCUGCGAACGUUGCGUGUGCUCAUCGAGGUGGCGGGCUUCAGUCGGGAAUCCUUGGCCAUCCAGGUACUCUCGUUUUGCCUGAGCCAAAGUAUGUUGCACGUGGAGCUGUACUUCCGGAACUACAACCAUUCCCUAAUCCUCUACACCUACCGGGCUUUUCCCAAAUUCGAAUUGAUUAAGAGAGCAAUCUCAGGCAAUGAGAGAGUAGCAAUCUUUGUCAACAAGCUGCAAAAUUUGGAGGGACAUAGACUACGUGUCAUGCCAGAUCUUUCACCACCGAAUACCUUUUGUUAUCGCGAUGCCAUGGGAAAGGAUGUGGUGGUUGGCUACCUGUGGGAUUUCAUGGCCGAUUUUGCCAGCCGUAUAAAUGCUAGCCUGGAGGUAGUGCGUCCCAACUGGCCUGCUGGUGUGGCUUCCGAAAGCUCCUACAUGUUGCAGUACACCUCAAAGGGCUUAAUUGACGUCGGCCUGACGACCACCUUGAUCACAAAACGGAAUCUCUGGGCCAUUCAUCAGUACACCUAUCCCAUUUUUAUUUCCAGUUGGUGCACCAUGUUGCCUGUGGAGAGACCCCUACUAACCCCUGACCUUUUCGAAAGGAUACUGAGUCCUGCCUUGGCGGCGGUUUUAGUACCCAUCACCCUUGCCACCUGGUUGGUGGUUAAGCACCUCAGCUGGCUGUUCCCAUUGAAAAACUCAAGACUAGCAUGUAUUGUGCGCCGAUUGCUGGCCAUGCUCCUGCUGACCACCUGCAGUGCCCAACUCCUGUCGCUUUUGAUCUCGCCACCAUAUCACCAGCGAAUCACCAGCUUUGAUGAUCUGCUCCACGAAGACCUCAAGAUCUUGGGCAUGCGCAGUGAGUUCUACUACUUCGAUGGGGCUUUCCGGGCGCGAUACGCAGGAAUUUUCCACCUCAUUGACGAUCCCGACCAAUUGUACGACCAUCGCAACCACUUCAACACUUCUUGGGCCUACACCAUGGCAUACACCAAGUGGAUGGUGAUAAAAACCCAGCAACGACACUUUUCCAAGCCGGUUUUCCGCUGGUCCAAGGAUCUCUGCUUCGUCGACUUUAUGCCCACCAGCAUAGUUGUGGCCCCCAAUUCGAUUUACUGGCAGUCUUUGAAGAACUUCUCAUUCACUGCAAACCAAGCUGGCCUCAUAAACCAUUGGAUCGAAAAGAGCUUUUACGAUAUGGUCAAGGCCGGAAAGAUGCGCAUCAAAGACUAUAGCGAACUGGUGGUACUGAAGCCUCUUGAGAUCGGGGAUCUACAGCUGAUCUGGCGCAUCUGUGGAGCGGCCAUCGCGGUGGCUAUAGGAAUUUUUCUGGUGGAGCUAUUUUACUUCUACGCCAACGAAUUUCUAAAUAGUUUGUAG